AUGUAUACUCCUAUUCCCUGCCAAUGUCCAUUGGAUUUUAAUGACAAUAUCAAAAUCACAGACGCAGAAAAGAAGCACAAUGAAGGAAACAAGACUGCAUAUGUCGUAUACACUAUCAAAACAGCAGAGAAUAAGGAAGCCAGACGAAGAUACAGCGAAUUUGAGUCCUUUCGAAGAUCGCUAAUGAAUCUGUACCCUACACUGCUUAUACCGCCUAUACCUGAAAAGCAUUCUCUUGUAAACUACACUACACAAAACAUCAAGGACGAUUCAGCAAUCAUAGAAAAGAGAAAGCGCAUGUUGGAAAGGUUUCUGUUGAGAUUAGCCAAGCACCCUAUUCUCGUCAAAGAGCAUGUUUUUCACCGCUUUCUCAAUGGAUCUUCAACUUGGACAGAGAUCCGUCAAUCCAGCCCCUUAUCUGAUUUGCCAAAAGAUCCACUACUACUAGCCACUGAAAGCAAUAGAUUUACAACAUCCAUAACCAGCAGCUUGCCCACAUCCACCAACGUCAUACCCAUCCCUUCUACCUCAUAUACGCUCAAAUAUCCAGACAAAACGUUUGAAGAAUCUGAACAAAAAGUAGGCAAAAGUGCUCAGCAAUCGACAUUUCAGUUUGAAAAGUCUCAGAAACGCAUACUUCGACGCCUUGGUGACUUGUCAAAUGAUUAUGCCGAAUUAGGAUCAGCGUAUAAUGCACUUAGUCUGAAUGAAACAGGUUUACUGGCGACCUUUAUUGAGAAAAUGGGACAAGUAAUUGAUGGGACGAGUCAUGCAACCAAGACGAUGAUCCAAUCGCUGGAAAUUGAGUUUGCAGAGUACGUGCAAGACUACUUGCAGUAUUUGCAUAUAGCCAAGCAGGUACUACGUUAUAGACAAAUGAAGGAGGCACAGCUAGAGCUGAUAGACGAAGCGAUUGACAACAAGAAGAUGCAGCUGCGCAAUCUAACCAAAACUGAGGACGAAGCAUCCAAGUUGGACUUGAAGCAGGACGGCAGUAUGCAGCGUCCUAUCCAGCCGGCCCACACUACUGCCAUGAACGCUGCAACUGAUCCGCUGGACGACAAUAUCGAUACAGAAUCCAUUGAGGAUGGAUUUUCAGCCAUCGUCAAGAUAGAUGAUGUGGAGCCAGAUACCACCAUAGCAGCCGUCAACUACCCGACAAAUGCAAGUGCUUCGGUACUGCGUGCUUCCAAACACCAAACCAAGAAAUGGUCUUCGCCAAGGAAGCUCUUCUCGGCUGUUACUGACACGAUCCAAGGCAUAAUGGAUACAGACCCUGGACAAACAAGACGAAAUCAAAUCAGCAAGCUUAAGGAGGCGAUUGAGCAGCUGGAACAAGCUCGAGCUACUUCACGACAAGAGCUCAAAGACAUGACCGUUACAAUACAGCAGGACUUUGACAGACUGCAGGCGCAAAAGGAGGCAGAAAUAAGGUACAUGCUGAUUGCAUUUGCCAAGAUACAUGUAGUAUACUGCGAGCAGAAUGCUGCUUCAUGGAAGGACAUACGAAAUCAAGUAAAGAUGUCUAUGGAAAAACUAUAA